UAUACGGUAUUUUUCAGUUCUAGGGCCACACUAUUCCAAAUCCCAUUCCUUUCACAUGUUUGUAUUUACAAUAUAAUUGUGCAAUAAAUUCGUGAGCAUUUAGUGGAGAACGCGACCAGGAUGAGCGAAGGAAAGCAGCAGGGUCCUGGCGAUGGCAUCCGAUCCAUGCGAAGCACCGGAGUCUUCCGGCUGAUCAACUUCGAGCUGUACACCAAGCCGAACAAGAUCAUCAUGGGCCUGGGACUGACCGCGAUUGCAGGGGUCUUCGGCUACAUCGCGUAUAUGAGGUACAAGUACGAGAGCCUGGGAUACUAUGUGGCCGUCCAGGAGAACGGACAGGAGAAGUUCAUCAAGAAGAAGUCGAAUUGGGAGCAGUAAUCCUAGGAUUUUGGUGGAAACAUCUUUAUUACUUGGUAGCACAAUUUGGUACAUAAAUUUGUUGUUUACGGGA